AAAGAAGAAGAACAGGUGGAUGAAAAGGCAGAAGAGAUGGAAGAAGAAGAGGCACACAAAAAAGAACAAGAACAAAAAACUGAAGAAGUAGAAAAGAUGGAGGAAAUGACAGCUAUGGAGGUACCAAAUGAAGAACUAGAACAACAGAUUGAAGAAGUAGAAAAUAUCGAGGAAACAACAGAAAAGGAGGCACAGAAAGAUGAAGAAGAACAACAGAUUGAUGAAACGGGACAAAAGCUAGAAGAGGAAGACAAAAAUAAGGCACCAAAAGAAGAACAAGAGCGACAGGUGGAAGAAAUGGAAAAGAUAGAGGAAAAGACCGAAAUGGAGACACUGAAGGAACAAAUUGAAGGAGUCAAAAAUAUGGAAGAUGCAACACUUACGGAAGCAACAAAAGAAGAAGAACAACAGACUGAUGAAACAGUAGAAAAGAUGGAGGAGGAAGAAGAAAAGAAGGCACCAAAUGAAGAAAAAGAACAAAUUGAAGAAGUAGAAAAGAUUGAAAAUGUGACAGUAACAGAAGCAACAAAAGAAGAACAAGAAGAGUUAGAAAAAGUAGAAAACAUGGAGGAAAUGACUGAAAUGGAGACACCAGAGGAAGAGCAAGGACAACAGACUGAAGACAUCGUAGAAAAGAUGGAAGAAACCUCAGAAAUAGAGUCACUGAAAGAAGCACAAGAACAACAGAUUGAAGAACUAGAAAAGAUGGAUGAAACAGUACAAAUGGAGACGCCAAAAGAAGAACAAGAACAACACAUUGUAGAAGUAGAAAAUAUUGAGGAAAAGACAGAAACCGAGGCACCAACAGAAGAACAAGAACAGAUUGAAGAAGUAGAAAUGAUCGGGGCAAAGACCGAAAAG